AUGUCCAAAGGAAGUGUCUUCGAUGCCUGUGUGCUCCCCAAGCUGCAUGUGAAGCUCUGUUACUGUGUGAGCUGUGCCACUCAGAGCAAGGAAGUCAGGAACCGAUCUCGGGAAGCUCACAGGACCAAACACCCCCACACUGAUUUAGACCUGUGGGUGCGCCCCUCGCCCUCCACCAAAGCCCAUCUCAAGCUGCAGUUCGAAGAGCUCGAGGUGGACUAUGAGGCCAUCCGCAGCGAGAUGGAGCAGCUCAAGGAGGCCUUUGGACAGGCACACACAAACCACAAGAAGGUGGCGGCAGACGGCGAGAGCCGCGAGGAAAGCCUGAUCCAGGAGUCGGCCUCCAAGGAGCAGUACUACGUGCACAAGGUGCUGGAGCUGCAGGCCGAGCUGAAGCAGCUGCGCAACGUGCUGGCCAACACCCGCUCAGAGAGCGAGCGCCUGGCCUCGGUGGCCCAGGAGCUGAAGGAGAUCAACCAGAACGUGGAGCUCCAGCGAGGCCGCCUGCGGGAUGACAUCAAGGAGUACAAGUUCCGGGAGGCCCGCCUGCUGCAGGACUACUCGGAGCUGGAGGAGGAGAACAUCAGCCUGCAGAAGCAAGUGUCCGUGCUCAGGCAGAACCAGGUGGAGUUUGAGGGCCUCAAGCAUGAGAUCAAGCGCCUGGAGGAGGAGGCCGAGUACCUCAACAGCCAGCUGGAGGACGCCAUCCGGCUCAAGGAGAUCUCGGAGCGGCAGCUGGAGGAGGCACUGGAGACACUGAAGACGGAGCGGGAGCAGAAGAACAGCCUGCGCAAGGAGCUGUCGCACUACAUGAGCAUCAACGACUCCUUCUACACCAGCCACCUGCACGUCUCCCUCGAUGGCCUCAAGUUCAGUGAUGAUGCCGCUGCAGAGCCCAACAAUGAUGCCGAGGCCCUGGCCAACGGCUUCGAGCACAGCAGCCUGGCCAAGCUGCCGCCGGACAACAAGACCUCCACGCCCAGGAAGGACGGCCUCACGCCGCCCCCACCCAGCCUGGUCUCCGACCUGCUCAGCGAGCUCAACAUCUCCGAGAUCCAGAAGCUGAAGCAGCAGCUGAUGCAGAUGGAGCGGGAGAAGGUGGGACUGCUGGCAACACUGCAGGAUACGCAGAAGCAGCUGGAGCAGGCGCGGGGGACCCUGUCGGAGCAGCAUGAGCAAGUGAGCCGCCUCUCGGAGACCCUGAGUGCACUGCGCCGCCUACAGGCCGGCAAGGAGCGCCAGACGGCCCUGGACAAUGAGAAGGACCGCGACAGCCACGAGGACGGAGACUACUACGAGGUGGACAUCAACGGGCCCGAGAUCCUGGCCUGCAAGUACCACGUGGCAGUGGCCGAGGCUGGCGAGCUCCGGGAGCAGCUCAAAGCCCUGCGCAGCACACACGAGGCCCAGGAGGCCCAGCGUGCCGAGGAGAAGGGCCGCUAUGAGGCCGAGAGCCAAGCGCUCACGCGGGCGCCGGCCGGGGCCGACGGCGGGGCUGGGGACAGCAGCCCCUCACCGGGCUCCUCGCUGCCGUCACCCCUGAGCGACCCGCGCCGGGAGCCCAUGAACAUCUAUAGCCUGAUCGCCGUCAUCCGCGACCAGAUCAAGCACCUGCAGGCAGCCGUGGACCGCACCACAGAGUUGUCGCGGCAGCGGCUGGCCUCGCAGGAGCUGGGCCCUGCUGCAGACAAGGACAGGGAGGCCCUCAUGGAGGAGAUCCUCAAGCUGAAGUCGCUGCUCAGCACAAAGCGAGAGCAGAUCACCACGCUGCGCACCGUGCUGAAGGCCAACAAGCAGACAGCAGAGGUGGCCCUCGCCAACCUGAAGAGCAAGUAUGAGAAUGAGAAGGCCAUGGUGACCGAGACCAUGAUGAAGCUGCGCAAUGAGCUCAAGGCCCUCAAGGAGGAUGCGGCCACCUUCUCCUCACUGCGAGCCAUGUUCGCUACCAGGUGUGACGAGUACAUCACGCAGCUGGACGAGAUGCAGCGACAGCUGGCGGCCGCGGAGGACGAGAAGAAGACGCUGAACUCACUGCUGCGCAUGGCCAUCCAGCAGAAACUGGCGCUGACCCAGCGACUCGAGCUGCUUGAGCUGGACCACGAGCAGACCCGGCGGGGCCGCGCCAAGGCCACCCCCAAGGCCAAGCCGGCCACCCCGAGCGUAAGUCACACCUGCGCCUGCGCCAGCGACAGGGCAGAGGGCACCGGGCUGGCCACCCCUGUGUUCUGCAGUGAGAAGCACAGCAUUUACUGCGAUUAGGGCCGCGGGGCGCCACGCGCUGCAGCUAACGUCGCUUCACCUCAACUAACCCGGCAGCGCGGGCCGGCGGUGCUCGGUCAGCCCUAACGCCACUAACGCACAGGGCAGGAUUCUGGCUGAGGGUGGGCAUGGAGUCCCCAGGACACUCCUGCGAGCUUCACGUCCCCCUGGGAGUGCCCCGCAGCCAGUCGCUCUCCUGGGCGAGGUCGGAGGUGGGGCUUGAGCACGUCCUCGCAGAAGACGGGUGCACAAGGCCUCCCAGGCUCAGCACUGUUGGCGGCCCAAGGGAAGGCAUCCUGGCCUGUUCCCACACCCACAGGGCAGGGCUGAGGUCAGACUUGCACGUCCCUCGUGUGUCUCAUGGCUGCAGGUUCUGGCCCCACGCAGGCGUGGCCUUGAGGAUGGCUCUGUGCUUAGCGUGGUAUAUGGAAAGAAUUACGUCGUCGUUCCGCAGCUCCUCACUGGAAAGCACGUUCAGGACAGAGUGUAAUCUCUGCCCACACCCAGAGAAGGGCGGCCCUGCGUUUGCGUCCUGCAGCGCAGCAGCCGUGACAGGGGCCAGCAUGCAGCCUGUGCAUGUCAGAUCUGCGUGCGUGUCUGGCAGCCUGGGAGGCGAGGAGUCGGGGUUUCCUUCUGUGACGAGGAAAGCUUUCCAAGUGCCUGACCUCAGUCCUCCACGUGAGGUCUGUCCUUGGUCCUUGGGGUAGCCUGCUCUCAGGCUUUCCCCAGGGGCUUUGAAGACGCCAGCCUGCAGCCCUCGCCAGCAGCGGGCGUCACCAACUUAGAGGACACGCAUUGGUAGGCAGAGCCCUGCCCAGAGCUGGGAGGUUCUGCCUGGUCCCCCGUAGGUGUUCUCUUCAGUUAGUGCAUUUCGGCAGGUGGUGACGGAGAGGACAGGCAGCGUGGGGCCCUGUCCACACAGCAUGUUGGCAUCAGGCCUUCCGAGUGCACACAUUCUGCAGCAGAACCUUCUCAGUGUUCUCUCCCGAUCGCACCUUGGGUCGGCCAGGCAGGAGGCUGCAGCCUCUCCCUCUCGGGCUGCGCGCCUGUCCCAGAGGCCAUGCUGCCCUCGCGUGGCUGCCCGUCCCGCCCUCUGCCCUUCGGGGCCGAGUGUGUCUCAUCUCUUCCAGAACCCAGGACAGACCUGGUGUGUCGCCCUGCGGCUCUGUCCCAGGCUCAGACCCCGACCCCCACGAGCAGGACUUCAGAGGUGGCCGCCGCAUGCCCCCACACGCCGCUUUGCCCUGUCUGCACCAAGCCCGGCUCGCAGCUUCUCAUACUAACGGGCCGUGCGAGCGCUCGGAGCCACCGGCCCCUAACAC